AUGGAUAGUGCAAUCGUUGGCUCUCGAGUCACGCUACCGUGCAGGGUGGAGCAUAAAGCUGGUACACUGCAGUGGACCAAGGAUGACUUCGGCUUGGGCACUCACAGGAAUCUGAGUGGCUAUGAACGGUACUCCAUGAUUGGAAGUGAUGAAGAAGGUGAUUAUUCAUUGGAUAUUCGUGACGUCACCCUUGAUGAUGAUGGCAGUUACCAGUGUCAGGUCAGCUCGGGGCUUAAUGGUGCCCCAGCAAUCAGGUCAAGAUAUGCUCAUUUAACUGUUCUGGUGGCUCCAGAGCCACCGAGGAUACUCCAAGGUGCCUUCAUAGAUGCUACUGAAGAUCAGCCCAUUGACAUAGAAUGCGUUUCUGAAGGUGGAAAACCUGCAGCUGAAAUAACGUGGGUAGAUGGUAAUCAGAAUGUUAUGAAAAACGACGUUGAAAAUAGAGUCGAGCUCUUACCGGACGAACAAAGAUACAGAACAAGAUCUGUUUUGCGGUUAGUACCCAGUAAGGUCCACCACAACCAGACCUUGACGUGCCAAGCUCAGAACACCGCUGAUCGAGCGUACAGAAUGGCCACUGUACAUAUUGAAGUGAAAUACGCUCCGAAAAUCAACGUGUCUGUUGUAUCAGGGGCGAUUAGUAGUAAAGUGCCAGAGGGCACGGAGGCCCGGUUUCGAUGCUCGGUGGAUGCAAAUCCCUCCGCCCAAGUGUACCGAUGGUAUAUCAAUAACAAUCCAGUUAUUGGUGAUUAUGCUGAUGAAAUGAUUAUUUUCAACGUGUCCCGAAAACACAAUAAGGCAAUUGUAAAAUGUGAAGUUAGCAACUCCGUGGGGAAAAAUGCGGCUUCUCUCACGCUGAAUGUCACUUACCCCCCCUCAUUCCGUACCAGACCACGAAACAUAGAAGCGAAAUUAGGGGAAAGCGUCACGCUCAGCUGCGAUGUAGAUGGUCAUCCCACUCCGGAGAUUCGCUGGCUGUUCCACGAACCAGGCCGCAUCGGGCAGGUCAAGGGGAAAGCACCAAAUUUAAAGGUGUUCGUCGACGAAAGAACAGCUGGUCGGUACAUUUGCAAGGCCGGAGUCGAUGGCUACCCUGAAAUUGAGAGUGAAGCUACAAUAUUCAUUAAAGGUCCACCAAAAAUCCUAUCAAAUAGGACACAAGUAGGUUUAGAAGGGGAGAGAGUCUCAAUAGAGUGUGAAGCAUUGUCAGUGCCUCGACCAGAUGACGUCAGAUGGUAUUUCGAAGGAAAGGAGAUAAAUUUUAUUCAAGAUCCCGACUACGCAACAAAACUAGAUGACUCAUCACCAGAUGGGAUAAUAAAAUCUAGUCUAGUGAUACGAGCGAGCCAAGCCAAACAUUACGGCACGUACAAUUGUAGUGUUACUAAUGAGUAUGGGAAUGCCAAUGUGGCGAUUUUGCUGAAGCCUUUGAAAACCCUGCCCCUUUUCAUAAUCAUUACCGGAGUGACAUCUGGCAUCAUAUUCUUCUCUGCUUUAGUCAUUCUCUUAGUGAUCUGUCACAGAAGAAGAAGACAGAAGACACAGAUUAAUGAAAAGCCAGAUGUCACAGUCACCGGAGAUGCUUAUAAGGAGAGCGAUAGAAGUUCUAAUAUAAGCGAUUUGAAACUGCAGUUACCUCAAGGCGAUAGCUUUGAUUUGGAAUACACGAGUUCCGAGCGUUCAGAGUCUAAAAACCAAGCGGGUCUCCCGCUAGCUGGCCCUGUGCCACUGCCUAACAUGCGACACGACGAUCCGAUGCUACAGUUCCGAUACAGUAACGACUACUCCGAUCAAUCGUAUGCUGAUCAUUACUUUAAGAAUCCAGCGGCCUACGUGUAUGAUUAUCCACAAGGCUAUGUACCUCCCCCCCAUUUGAGGGUCCAAUCCCCUCCACAAUUGGAUGUUCCUUCUAGUCGAUCACUUCAAGGUUCAUUGACACGUAGCAUAGACACAGCGUCAACGCUUCCGUUGUCGGCCGGCAAUGGAUCGCAAAACAAUUCGUUGCAACGUCCUAAAGUAGAAGAAACUGACGCUAUUAACAAUUUAGGGCUGCCAGUAGGCGGUGAAGGGCCGCAAGUAGCAGUUCAAUCGCAAGCAGCCAAAGGCGGAGUGGACUUGCGCUAUGCCGCUACCUACGGGAACCCAUAUUUAAGAAAUAGUUCUUUAGGCUACCCCCCCGUGCACACCGCCAAGCCGGCGUCCACCCCCGCGCCUCCGCCGUACUCCGCGCGACACGCGCCAGGCUUACAACAGGCAACGAACGUAUAGCCAGAGGUUGGCGUUUAGUGUAAAUAGUGAAAAGUGAAAUGGAUUUAGUGUAAUUUACAACGACACUUAAGUGAUACGAAGUGGAAACGAAACACUAGACCUACACAAAAGUGAUAGUUUCUUUUGAAUCCUAGUGUUUUCUCAGGUUUGAUUCCCGUUUGGUGCAAGUCGUCGAAAAGCGACGAUUAUUCUGUCAGUUUUAAAAUAUAUUGCUCUGUGUUUGUUCAGUCUUGAUAAAUAUUAUUUGCAACUGAUCCAAUUACAAAAAACGAAUCCUAAUAAAAUUUGCGAAACGAAAUAAUUGGUGGAAUCAGUUAAACUGUACAUAUUCCAUUGUAGUUAUACAAUUUUCGUAUUUAGAACAACGCGAAUUCAAAUUUAGAAUGUUCUUUAUUCAAAACUCAAAUUCGAAUAUAGAACAUUAUGACGUCACGCAUUCAUAAUUUCAACUGACGUAGAUUUUUGUAAUAUAUGUUCCUAUAAAUAAUGCGACUGAUUGUAAAUAAUAGACUAAGUGUAUUCAGAUGUGUAUUAUUUAUGAAAUGCAUGCUUUAAUUAUUUAAGAUUAUAUGAAUAUUACAAUAUAAAUUCAACAUACAAAUUGUUGAAUGGAAUUGUAACUCUACAAAGUUGAGUUUAAUACUUAAUACUGAAUGUGCAAAUCAUUUUAUUAAUAUAGAAUUGCUUAAGAAGGAAAUUUACGAAGUCUAUAUUAAAACGGUUUUUAAUUAAAGUGAAAACUUGAUAUAGUACAGAUAUCAAAAAUAUAAUCACAUUUGUUCAAGUUUUCAUUUACGUCCUACAAUUUCUGUAAAUAUAUCUUAUACAAUAUAUAAAAAUAUUUAGUUUUGUGUUGAUUUUAUUUUUAUUGUAUAUUAUAUUUGGUAUUAACCAGUUAUAAUAAUUCGUGGAUAAUGUUUUUGACAUUCAAAUUAUACACUAUUUUUAAACAAGAAAAUAAUUGUAUAAAAAAAUUAUAUAACCUGAUUUUAUAUAUUUCCAGGUUAGAAUCAAAUUUCCAAAUAAUUAAUCCUGUUUUAUAAAAUGUAUGUGGAGUUUUAUUUUAAUUUUAAUUGUGAACAAAUUAAUACGAAAUAAUUAUUUCUUGAAUGUCAGCAUUAAAAAUAAUUUAUGGCAGAACAUAAAUUAUUAAAGUUCAGUUAUUAUGACUAGUUAUGCUAAAUAAAUACGCAUUAUUAGAAUUAUGUAUAUAUUCAUUGAUAAAUAAAAUUAUAUUAUAUAUUUGCUCAAUUAUAGGGAAAAUUACAUGAUUAGGAUAUUCUUUUGGAAUUCUAUAAAAAUAUAUAUUUGGUCAAUUUAUAAACGAAUUGUUGAAACGAAAAAUACAUAUAAAAAUUUUAGCAUAUAAAUUCUGUGAUAAAAUAUGUAUUGAGAUAGUUCUCGAAGCUUCGAUGGUCAGUUUAUUUUGUAUCGUGUGCGUUUUUAUUAUCAAGUGAUAUAAAUAUGAAAAAAAAAUCUGCAUGUUUGUUUUUCUGUU